CCGCAAGAUCCAUUAUUAUGGAUUCGGCACGAUUUUUAUACCUGGCAAAUCAACGUGUUGUUUUAGUGUCUCCUCCUCUAGGCUCCGGUCUAGCCUACUUCUCAAAUUAACGAAGAUGAAGGUAGUAAUCCAACGUGUCACAAAAGCCAGUGUGUCAGUUGGUGAUGAGCUUGUGAGCUCAAUCGGGCGUGGAUUGUGUGUUCUAGUGGGAAUUACAAAGGAUGAUACGCCAAAAGAAAGAGAAUAUAUUGCCAGAAAAGUUUUAAAUCUCCGUGUAUUUGAUGAUGAUGCUGGUAAAAGAUGGAGCAAGAGUGUUAAAGACAAGCAGUUUGAAAUUUUAUGUGUUAGUCAGUUUACUUUGUAUGCAAUUUUAAAGGGCAACAAACCCGACUUCCAUUGUGCUAUGCCAGGAGAAAAGUCUAGGCUAUUUUACGAAGAAUUUCUUCAACUUCUCCAAAAAGAUUAUAAACCAGCAAUGAUCAAAGAUGGCAAGUUUGGAGCUUACAUGCAAGUUCAUAUACAAAACGAUGGCCCUGUCACAAUUCAAAUUGACUCGCCAACAGAGAUUGCGGCAGAAGAGACACCAAAAAAACCCUCAACACUUGAGCGAAAGGCUGGAUCCAAAACGCCUGUUGCUGUUGUGAAAGCGCAACCAAAAGAAAGAACAACUGAGAAGACAAGGGUAUACAUCAAUAAGAUGUCAGAAGUAUUUCCGGAAGAUUCAGAUAUCCAAUCAAAAUUCCUACAAGUCCUUCAGAAAUAUAAAGAAAGAAGCAUGCUGAUUGCUGAAUUGAUGUUAAAUGUUUGCCAGCUUUUCUCUGGUCAUAAGGAUUUGCUUUGUGGGUUUUCCACCUUCUUGCCAUCUGGACAUUCCAUCACGAUUCAAAACAAUGAUCCACAGCUUGUACGAGUACGUCUACCUCAGUCUAACGGAAUGACACUAGACCGGUUGAAAGAACAUGUAAACGCCACUCAGUGUACCAGACCAGAGGGUGCAGAAGGCCAUACACGUAGUUUAAGUAGUGGGAGCGUUUCUAUAGCAACAAUGACCCCUCAAAUGGAUGAGCUUAUAAACCUGUUAGAGUCUACAAUUGAAGUUGAUGACUGAAGCCUCAAUAUAAACAAGAUACAGCAUGGGCUUCAUCUGUGCAUAUAGUUGGCAUUGAAAUACAAAGACAGUUUGCUCAAUUGUAUUGUCGUAUGCAUUGCCAGCCUCCCCCUGCCUACCUAGACCACGUUUACCAAUGCAACAUACAAAUAUUCCAGAGUGCAAUGAUUAUAUUCAGGAAAGAAAGGGAUGACAAACACAGUACGGUAACACCUGACUGAUAUCUUUUUUGUUUGAAGUCAACUGCUUAAUUGACAACAAAAUUUAAUCCAGUUAACUGGAUUAUAAAUACUCUAUUAACUGGAAUUACUUUGAUGCAAACUAUUCAAUUAUAUCCAGAUAUAUGUGUUUACAUGUGACUAUUGUAGUUUAGUGAAGGUGUCAUGACUAAGUGUAAAUUCAGGUCACAAAAAACCAAUCAUGUUUGUUUUAUUCUUUCUCUGCUAAUGUUAAAGCCAGGCCCCAGAGGAAAAUCAUUACUUGAUAUGUUGUGCCUACCUGUACAACUCAUUUUUCUAAGACAUAAAAGUGGUAUUUGACAUAAAACUUGGGAACAAUUAAUGAGAUACAAAUUUUUAAAUAUUUAAAAACUGGGGAAAAGAGAGGGCCUAAUCACCCUUUUUUCCACAUUUUCACCCAGUUUUUUUUUUUUUAUUCAGAGAUCUGUAUCCCAUUAAUUCCUAAGUUUUUUUGUCAAACACCCUUGUUGUGUCUUAGAAAAUCAGUUGUACAACAUACCAAAUGCUAUUUUUGUCUCUGAAGGCCUGUCUUUAAAGCUAACUGGGCUUAAUUCAGUGUAUGCAUUCUGUAGCUUUUCCUUGUCAUAUUUCAAGACUAUAGCAGCAUAUAACAGAUAAGGGUUAUUUACUAGAUAAGGGAUUUCAAUGAUUAUGAUAUCGCAUCUGACUUGAUAAAACAGUACAAUAUAUAGAAAAUGUCAAGGUUAAUGUUUCAAACAUGUCUUUAUGUCAUAUUUUAUGAAUACUUACAACAGAUCCUGAUAGCAAUGCAUUAAGUACUUACGAAAAUACUAGCAUUUGACAUUAAUUUUAUUGAUGCUCUUUUUACAACAUAGAAAUUCCAAGAAGAGUUUUGACCCAUCUGAGAUAAUUCUUGCAGUAAUUCAAAAAAAUCUAAAAUGAAUACAUGUACAGUAUUCACUAAAGAUGCAAAGUACACCGGUGCUGCAAAGUUCUUAUUAUUUAUUUAUUUUUGAGACACUGAGAGUUACACCUUUUUAGAAACUGUAACUGUCAGUGGCGUAGAAAAGUAUUUUUCAUUUGGGGGGAUGAUUGAAAAUUUUGGGAAUUGACAUAAAAUUACUGAUGUCGUACACACCCUUCAGUGUGAAAAUGUGGCUUGCUUUGCAAGCACAUC